UGUGGUUCCCACAAAGUUCCACUUUGUGAUCUGUUUUUGAAUGUUUAUGUUUUCAGACUCCGAAAUGAAGCUGUUGUGUCAACGGUUGAGCAAAACAAAAGCUUCCUUUCGAAGUUGUAAGCAUUGGCUUAUGUGUUUAGGACCCCUGACUCGACACUCAAGAGGUCAACAUGAGCGCAAUGGCAAAAUGAGGUUGGACUUGAAAGCCUUUGUGUGUGGAGUUUGUGUGGGGUCCCUCCGAUUACUCCUUCCUGGCUUCAACAGUCCAAAAAGACACGUGUGAUCGCAGCUACAGUCAGUUACAUAAAAGUCAAACUGUUUUUUAUGGUAAAUCUUUGUCAGGUUUGUACACAAAAGCCAGCUUAUGGUGAGCAUUUCUUGCCAACAAGAUUACCUCUAGAUUUAAGCACCUUAUUUAGUUCCUGGCAAUGAAAGUCAGUCGUAAGCUGGUCUGCGUUUGGCUGUAUAUAAAGGCGGCAGCGGCAGACAACGGACCCAAUCUGAUGUUUGGCCAUAUACACGGACAAUUUGCUCAUACUUUGAACUAAAAGAAUGGCAUCCACCAAGCUGACCCUCCUCCUGGUCGUGGUGUCCUGCAUCGAGAACUGCCUGUCCACCUCGUGCGUGGUCGACAGCUUCACCGUCAAACAGGACUUCGACCCAAAGAGGUACUCCGGGAAGUGGUACGCUCUGCAGAAGAAAGAUCCGGAGGGCCUGUUCCUGCAGGACAACAUCUCUGCGGAGUACACCAUUGACGAUGACGGCAGCAUGACGGCUUCCUCCAAAGGACGCGUCACUCUUUUUGGCUUCUGGGUUGUAUGCGCCGACAUGGCCGCCCAGUACAGCGUCCCCGACCCCGCCACCCCCGGUAAGAUGUUCAUGAACUACCAGGGACUGGCCAGUUACCUGUCGAGUGGAGGCGACAACUACUGGGUGAUCGACACCGACUAUGACAACUACGCCAUCACCUAUGCCUGCCGCACCGUCAAGGAGGACGGCAGCUGCGAGGAUGGCUAUGCCCUGGUGUUCUCCAGGAACCCCCGUGGCCUGCCCCCCGCCAUCCAGCGUAUUGUGCGCCAGAAGCAGGAGGACAUCUGCAUGGUUGGACAGUUCCAGCCCGUGCUGCAGUCCGGAGCUUGCUAA